AUGAGGUACCGGGGUGUGAGGCGGAGGCCAUGGGGACGUUAUGCCGCUGAGAUAAGGGACCCUCAAUCAAAGGAGCGGCGUUGGCUGGGGACAUAUGACACGGCGGAGGAAGCCGCCCGCGCCUACGACACCGCCGCCAGAGUCUUGCGUGGCCCCAAUGCGAGAACCAACUUUGUGUACUAUACUUUCCCUCAACCUUUUUCCAUCUCCGUCACCAACAAAAAUAACCAUAAAGACAUCCUUAACCGCAGUAGCCACCUCUUGGGAAGCCAGUUCAGCUUCUCCAUCCAUCCUAACCAACUCUUCAACUGCCGUAACCGCCACUUGGGUGGUUUUUGGCCUGACCCCUUCUCCUCCUACUCCGCCCCUUCUUCAUUUUCUACCUUCCAGCAACAGCGAAACCAGCAGCUUAACUCCACAAACAUGCUCCUCCCCGGUGACUUCAUAGCCCCUUCUGUUUCAUCUUCCUUUAGCCAGCAUUUAUCCAACCCCAAGGGCAGUUUGGUCAACUCAUCACAUGGUGGCCAUGUUAACCCUUCUCCUUCAUCUUCAUUUAGUCACCAUUCAUCCUACCCCAGAGGCAGUAUCAACUCAUCACAUGGUGGCAAUGCUAAUCCUUCUCUUUCAUCUUCCCUUAGACAGCCUUUAUCAUACCCCAAGGGCAAUUUAGUCAACUCAUCACAUGGUGGCAGUGCUAACCCUUCUGUUUCAUCUUCUUCCUUUAGCCACCACUUAUCAUACCCCAAGGGCAGUUUAGUCAACUCAUCACAUGGUGGCAAUGCUAAUAACCUUUCUCUUUCAUCUUCGUUAUCCUACCCCAAGGGCAAUUUAGUCAACUCAUCACAUGGUAGCAAUGCUCCUAACUACACCGCACCCUUUUCUUCCUCUUGCCUGACAGACACAAACAGUCUCGGUUGUGGCAGUGAAUACUCGCAAGAGUUCUUUCAUCACUCAGACUCAUCAUCGGAGUUGUUGGAAGACAUAGUUAGCGGUUUCUUGAAAAGUCCAAAGCCCACUAAAAGUGAGUGUCUGUUGUUAGGUGCUCCUACUUCUCCAUCACAAGAUUCUUCCCACCUUAAGGCUGAGUCAUUUCCUCCUCUUUCCGCUGUUUCCACAGGCCAGAUGAUGAAGAAAGACGAGGAUUUUAAUGUUCCUUUGUAUCAAGAUGGUUUCCACAUGCAGCAACUUGGUGUUUUUAAUUUCAAUGGCUCUAGCAAUGCGGCAGUUCCCUCUGGCAUGCCUCUUACUCAGGAGAAGAAGAUAGACGACAACAACAACAGCAGUAAUCAUCUUGAAGAGUGGCCUAUCAUGGAAGACAUUUUUAAUCAGUACCCGGACUUUCUUAAUGAUUUUCUUAAUGAGCAAUGCUAG